UGCGAUGACCCUCUCCAAUUUCUUCUCUAGAUCGCAACUCGGUAAUCCGCCAUGGUAAACGCCAACCGGAGGGGCUUCAAGGCCCAAUUGAGGGCGAGAAAGGCGCCCGCUAAGGGCUGGACGAACUUUGAGCCUGUGCUGGAAUCCGUCCGGGGGAAGCUGGGUCUGGAGUGGACCUACUACUACGAGUGCAUCGAGGCCAUCGCGAAGGCCUUCGUGGAGAAGCAAGACGCGGCGCCCUGGUAUAAGCAGAUGCAAGACCUCGUCAAUGGCAGGCCAGACCUCGAGUUCGACCACGCGGGCGUGGUCUUUCUCCUCGAGGAUAUGCGCCGUUCACUGGAGCGAGGUCGCCGGGGCGACGCGAAAGGAGGUGAAAGCCUCCAGGCUUCAUUAUCGCAACCUCGCCCGCUUCAGACAAUCUCCGCACCAGCACCAGCAGCCGCACCAAUGGCGCCUCCACCUCGCCCCGCGCGCGCAGUCAAUCCCGAACCAGAUAUCGAAUUCAACCCAGUCUUCUUCACCGACCCGGCGCUGCUUCCCGCAGUCCGCGACUUCUUCGGCGUCUCAUCACACUCCCAACACGACGUCCAGAACCAAAACGCGCUCGAUUACGCUCCGUACGAAGGAUUGACUCCAUUCGGCCCAUUCGAGGAUGACCUGGCGACCUGGCAGAAGCUAUUCAAGGAGAUGGAUGACAUGGGCGUGACGGCGGAGAAGGCGGGGGUGAGCGACGACGGCGCAGGCAAGGACGGCAAGACGGACGCCGAUAGGGUGAAAGAGAUGAACGACUUGGGCAACAGUGAGGAUGUCAACUUGCCAUAUUUGCCGCUGGCAUUACUUCAAGAUGACGACACGGUUCAGCGUGAGGAGAGAGGAGUUCAAGGGCAAGGGCAGGAGCGCUUGACGUAUAUGCCGCCGGCGUUACUUCAAGGUGGUGAGACCGUUCAGCGGGAGAAAGGAGGAGUUCAAGGGCAAGGGCAAGGGCAAGGGCAAGGGCAGGAGCAAGGCGGCUGA